AGUAAGUCAAGUCCGAGUCUAAUUUUCUUUCUAGAAUUAGAAAUUAGAAAUUAGGAUUAGAGAUCACCAAGAUCUCCUUUCAAUACACGUAUGUUGGUUACCGACGGCGACAGGCUGCGCUCCUCAAACGAGCGGGCGUCAGUGUUGAUGCCGAUGAUGAUGACUGUGGCCCAGGAGCACUAGGGCAUCACAGGAUCACCCUCACAGGGUAGGAUGGGAGCUUUGUGAGAGAGGACCUUUUCAUAAAUAUCGCAGGCGAGGCAGAGGCAGAGGAAGAGGCAGAGGCACGAGUCCCCAUAAAACGAAUAGUUCCGAAAAGGGGGGAAAGUGACCCAUGAACCGAAGAUUUACCAUCAACCUCCUAAAUUUCCCAAUCAAACCCUGCUUCCUUCUCCUGGGUUCUCCUUAAAUUGCCGGUGCCUUUCCAGGGUUGCACGCUCAAAAUAUAAAAAAGUGAAGAAAGGGCUUCACGCUUUUCUCGUCUUCGUCUUCGUCUUCGUCUUCGUCUUCGCCUUCGCCUUCGCCUGUUUGUUUCAUCUGUGGUUGUUGCCAAUCUUUGAGGUCUGCGAACCAUUUCUGUGUUUCUGUCAUAUAUGAUAUGCGCAUAGUGGGAAUUUUCCCUAAAUAAAUCCUAGGAAUUUAGAUAUUUUUUGGGAGUUUCUUGGGCAACAUUUUAUACCCUUCUGUUGAAUUGUGUAUUUUCUGAAUUUAUUUGUGGGGGAUGUUCUAAUGUUCGCUAAUUUUGUUGGAUGAACUUUGUUUUUGCUCUUGGAGCUCUGUCCAUGUCUUGUGGUAGUGUAUAUCUUCGAGCAUUAGGACAAGCACUGCAAGUUGGAUCUGAUGAGCAGAGGACUUCUAUGACAAUGUCAGUUUCACAAGUUGAAAAUUCAGCAUCAUUGAGUAGUGAUCUUUUCUAUGACAUACUGAGACGUCUUGAUGGCCCAACUUUGGCUAGUGCUGCAUGUGCAUGUGCAGCAUUCUGCUCCAUUUCAAAAGAAGAAAGGCUAUGGGAAAAUGUAUGUUCUUCUAUGUGGCCGUCAACAAACAGAGAAGAUGUCAAGAGUUUGAUUUCAUCAGUUGGUGGCUUCAGAAAAUUCUAUGCAGAUUGCUUUCCCCUCAUUGUAAACAAGGAAGUUCCUGAUGUUCAAUGGAAUGACUACAUUGAGUACCCUGAAGAAUGGACAGAAGCUGAAUACUAUGGUGAUGACGAUGGAUUUGAAAGCAUUUCACCAACAGAUUUUGUUUCUAUUGUGGAUAUCAGAUAUAAAGAUAAAACAGUGUGCUCAAAAGUCCUAUGGGGUAUUCCUAAUGCAAAUGGCGUCAAUGGUUGGUUUUACAAUUGCCCAUUUCGCAUUGAUCUUCUCACAUAUUCAGCCAGAGAUGAUGACUCCGAAGGUGAAGUUACCCUUUCAGUUUCUGAUGGUUUGCCACCAAUUGGAUCCAUGGAACGGGAGCGGAAGGAUGGGAAGCUGUGGCGGGAGCUGCGAGAUGGACUUCGGCUUAGUUGGAUUAUUGUGAACAGAAAAGUAAGGCAAGCUGCUAAUCUUGCUAGCUGGAGCCCACUUGGUGGGCAAAGACAUUGGCCGACAGACAGGGAUUUCUUGAUACGCUUUGGAUCCAUUCUUCCUGCCAAGGACAUUCUUCCAUGUCAAGUUGUAGAAUGUAUACUCCUUAUGAAGUUCAGAGUGAUACAUACUGAGGGAGAGGGUGUUCAGACCACACUCAAAUUAGCAGAACUAAGCAUGCAGCUAGAAGACAUGGAAGGCGCUCAUGUUAAUGGAAGAAACAGUUUGCUUGUUCUCAGGGAAGCACUUAGUUGUCGUAGAAGCAAGAAUUACAGUGAAGCUCUCGAGUCUUGUCAUUUGUAUUCAAAAGUGCAGAGCGAGUUGAAGGAGGAAAAGAUGAGGAGCGAAAGCAGGCUUGACAGACUAUGUAUAUUAAGUGGCAUUGCUGCAUUUGUGACAUUCUGGUCCUACAUUUUGUUGAAUUGGAAGCAGUAGCUUCUUUUUUGACUGUGUUACAAGAAAAUGCUUUCUUGUCUAACAAACAUUCAGUGUCUGUACUAUGUAAAUGUUUUAUUCAAUUUUGAUCUGUUAACAAGAAUUCUUUGACCUUGUUAGAACAA